GACCACCUCUGCUUCUUCCAAGGCAUCCAGCAAAACGGCUACUGUCGAGGCCAUGGCGUUAUCAUGGAUAACCAGUAUCGCAUCGUGAAGACGGUGACUCCCGGCGGCGGGAUCGCGUCCAGCGACAUGCACGAGUUCAAGCCUAUCAACGACGGCAAAUCCGCCCUGAUGACAGUUUAUCAGCAGCGGCAGUUUGACAUGAGCCUGUGGAACGUCAAGACGGGCAUGGGAUGGUUGAUGGAGAGCAUCUUCCAAGAGGUGGACGUCGAAACCAACGAGGUGCUGUUCGAGUGGAAAUCCCUCGAUCAUGUCGACCCCUCCGCCAGCUACACCUACCCCGGCGCCACGGAUACCUCGGGCACUGGGUUCGAGCCGCGCUCACCGUGGGAUUACUUCCACAUCAACUCCGUCGACAAGAACAAGGACGGCGAUUACCUGAUCUCGUCGCGUCACACAUGUGCCAUCUACAAGAUCUCAGGUCGGGACGGCUCCAUUAUAUGGCAGCUGCACGGGGCGAACCCAACUUUCCAGAACCUCAACUUCGGAUUCUCGCAGCAACACGAUGCUCGCUGGCUCAGCGAGAACGGCACGCACACGUUGCUGUCACUCUACAACAACGGCUAUAACGGAUUCAACCAAACUCACAGCUACUCGUCGGGCAUGACCAUCCUGAUCAACCACGUCAACAACACAGCCGAGCAGCUGCGCGACUACGCACCGCCCGGUCAAGACAUGCUCAGCUCCAGCCAGGGCAACAUGCAGACACUACCGAACGGCAACGUCUUCAUGGGCUGGGGCAACAACGCCUACAUCUCGGAGCACAGCGAAGCCGGCAACCUGCUGCUCUGGGGGUACCUGGACGCUGAUAAACGCAUCAUGAACUACCGCGCGCAGAAGUUCCAGUGGGACGGCAUGCCCACCGACGUGCCGGCACUGUGGACGUACUCGCACUCGACGGACGCCUUCGCGGCGACGACCUUCUACGCCAGCUGGAACGGCGCCACACGGAUCCGGUCCUGGCGCUUCUACGGCGCCAUGAACCGCACGGGGCCCUUCACGCCGCUGAAACAGGUCUCUAAAACGGGGUUCGAGACGGUCUACACCGAACCACACUUCUACCAAUGGAGCUAUGCCGAGGCAGUGGACCUACAGGGUCAAGUGCUGGGACGGUCGCCAGUGCACUUCACCUUCACGCCGUCGCCGGAACUGCAGAACUACUGCGGCGAGAAGGUCUGCGACAAUGCUGCAUCAUACGGCGUGCCCGGCGAGGACGCCGCGGUUGCAUUCGUGCCGCCGGCGGGGAUCAACACGGUCCCUUGGGUUGAUCCCGAGCAACCGCAAGCUCACAACGGGGAUCAGCAACCACCAUCAGGAAAAAUAUCAUCCGAGACAUCCCCAGACGGAGCGUCGGCGAUCCUGAAGCAAACCUACCAUCGCGUGGGAUGGGCAGGCCCCGCCUUGUGCGUUGUGAUCGUCGCGGUGGGGGUGUUUGUCACGUUGCGGAUAUAUCGCCGGCGACGGUCGCUCUCCCAGUCGUAUACUACCAAGGAGCGAGAGUCCUCGGAUAUGAUGGACCAGCAGCGUAGUAGGGCCAUGAUUGCUAUCGGAGACUGGCCGUGGUGGCAAUGGCGACGGUGGAUAGGGGGGCAGGAGCCGGCGCAUUAUUUUCCACUGAGAGAGCCGGAUCCGGAGACGUCGCGGUAGACUUGUAGUUAUAAAU